AUGAUAAUAAAAAACAGCAAGAAAUUAAGGAUUGAUAGAUUAUUAUCAAAUUUGGGUAUUGUUGAAAGAAGUUCGGUACCAAGAUUUUUAAACGAAAAGAGGGUUACAAUUUCAGGUAAAAAAGCAACAUUGUCAUCUAAAGCUUCCCCAGAUGAAGUUAGAAUUGAUGGUAAGUUGAUUGAAAACCCAUCAGCUUUACAUUUAGCACUUCAUAAGCCAUCAGGUUAUAUUUGCUCAACAGUUAAUGAUGGUGACCACAAAGUUGUAUAUGAUUUAUUACCAAAAGAUUUCCAAAGUAGAAAACCAAUACCAUCAAUAGCAGGCAGAUUGGAUAAAUGGGUUACUGGUUUAGUAAUUUUUAGUCAAGAUGGUAAAUUAGUAGAGAGAAUUAUAACACCAAAAGACGAUGGUUGUGGUAAAGAUUACGAAGUUGUUUUAAAGAAUAAAUUGGGCGGUGAUGAAAUUGGGGUUUUUGAAAGUGGUGGUUUAAUGUUAAGAGGCGAAGAGGCUCCAUGCAAACCAGCAAAAUUAGAGAUAUUGGAUGAAAGUAAAAAUAAAGUUAAAGUUACACUUUUCGAAGGUAGAUAUCACCAAGUAAGAAGAAUGUUUGCAGCCAAUGAUAAUAAGGCACUCGAAAUUCAUAGAACAAGAAUUGGUCCAGUUGAAUUGGGCGAUUUACCCGUUGGAAAAUGGAGACAUUUAACCGAAAAAGAAAUACAGGAUUUAUAUAAUAUUCAAGUUUCACAAUCUAAAAAGAAGCGAGACUAUAAGGAGAUUAAAAAGGAUAAAGAAAAAGAUAAAUUAUAUAAAGCAAUCGUUGAGCCCGAUCAAGAUAAGACAUACAAUGAUUUGGAUUCUAGCGAAGAUACAGAUAUAUUCGAUGAUGACAUGGAUUAUGAUGAAGAAAAUGAUUUCGAAGAUUUCGAUAAUAUCGAUGAAGAAAAAGAAACCUUAUCAAUAUCGCAGCAAGAUACAACUAAAAACCAAAUUCAAAAAGACUAUGAGGAAAAAUUAAAUAUCCUAAUUAAAGAUGAGGCUGGUUCACCAACUCAAGAGACUGAGGAAGAUAUCAAUAUUAGUAUUUCAAAACAAGUUAAGCAGAUCUACGAUGAUGCAGAAUUAAAGACAGAUACAGUUGAUCCAUACAAAGAACUAAGAGAACAGAUUCAUAAAAAGAUGAGACUAAAACUUUUACGUGGCAGCGGUUUAGUAUACGAUAAAGAUACAGGUUUCUACCUUCCAAAAGAAAGUUUAGAAAAUAAUAUUUCAGAUGAGGAUUUAGAUAGAUUAAUGGAUCAAGAUGAAGAUUUCAAAGAGUUUGAAGAGUUUGAACAAGAACAAGAAAUGGAGGAACAGGAACAAUUUGCCCAAUCAGAUUUCCAAUCAAAAAAUAAAAAUAAACCAAACAACAGUGAGUCUAAAGAACAUAAUAAAAAUAGAAUAAAGUCCAAACCAAAUAGACAUUUAGAUGAUGGAUCCGAGGUUUAUGAAGUUGAUUCAACUCCAACACCAAUUGAUAAAGUUAUUAAACAAAAAACAAAUAAAAUUUUUAAUUCAAAAAAGAGAAGAGGGACUUCAAGUAGAUCAAUUAAAAAGAAAUAA